GAAUGCCUUGCAUGGUAGGAGAUGUACUGGAUUCUUGUACUGAUGCAAUGUGUGAUGCGAUCAGCCCUUGUGGUGCGAGGUAUUAUCUGCCUCUAACUUUGUAGCUAUACAAUCUUGUCCCGAACAAACCUUCGUUAUGAAGAUGGGGCUUUAGACUCAUAAUAAGCCACACAAACUUAAUUCUCAUCGGCAAUCAAUACAGAACUCGUGCCGGCAUCAACAGAAUCAGUUUGAGCAUUUGCUAGCAGAGGAAGCAUUACUCAUCUGAUUUAAUAUUUUUUCGGGUGAUUUGGUGUUGGUUUUUACUAUUAAUAAUAAUAGUGCACCAUAAAUUUACAAGGAUAUAUAGACAUAUAUUUCAUAAUAAUAAUGUUGAAAAGCUUUAUGUCUUUACUACAAAAUAAUCAUCAAUCCACGUACAAUAUUUUACUUAAUCACUUGUAGAUUACUGGAAUUGCAUUCCAUCUGUUCAAAUUUAAUUUGCUCUAAAUUAAUAUAUUCUUGAAUAAAGAUAUGAUGCUGAUAAGUUUUCAAAGAAUGAAUCAAGAAAAUAUAUAUCCAACUUGGUUUUAAAAUUCUUCAAUCAUUUUGAAUCAGAUUUUAGACGAAAUAUUUAAAGAACUUGUCUGGUUCAAAUUCAUCGCGAGUGUUUGCAGUAUUUGAUACGUCAAGUCAGUAUAUCAAAAUUUUAAUUAACUAAACUUUUUAUUGAGUUAAUCGAAAUGAAUCCCACUUCUUUAAAUCUAAAAAAAAAAUGUGACAUGUUGGGCUUCAAAAUAAAUAAAAUUUGUGAGAAGUAGUGUGAUUAGGAUUGAAGCUAUUGAUGCAAUGAUUGGCAUUGGGUGUAAAUAGCAAUUACGUUAAGUUGGACCGUACGAGAAGAAAAGAGAGGGGGCAAAAACGUCAAUUCAGGAAGAGCUAAUUCCGCACUCCAACUGUCAACUAAUUUUGGAGCGAAAUGAUCCACAUAUAAUUUGAAGGCGAAAAAAUAUAAAAAAAGGAAAACAGAGUAGAGAAGAAUCCACAAAGAUUCAGUUCUACGAACCAAACUCCAAAGAUUCAGAUCAAUUUCCAUUCACGGUUCUCUUCCUCAACUCUUCACUCAUCUCAGUUCAUUCAAGAAUUCCGUGGGAAAGAGAGAAUUCGACGCGCUCAGCUGUUCCUAACUGAGGACGAUGAGCAAUUUGAGGGCGAUAUGUAGGCCGCAUGCCGUAUUGUCUUCCACGGCGUGUUGCUACAGAUCGGUGGUUAAAGUUUACUCGGUUGAAAAUCCUAAGAGUAGUGUUAGACCUCCGUCGCCGUCGUCCUCGGUUUAUGCUGUUUGGUUCGGUGGAUUGGGAGAACACGGACCGCGGGGGAGGUUGAAUCGGCAGAGGAGAAUGGUUGCUACCCGGGCUUCUAAUUGGACCGACUCCAAAUCUCCGUAUGAAACUCUAGAAUUAGAAAGGGAUGCAGAUGAAGAGCAAAUUAAAGUAGCUUACAGACGCUUGGCUAAGUUCUAUCAUCCGGAUGUUUAUGAUGGUAGAGGGGCUUUAGAUGAAGGUGAAACAGCUGAAGCUCGAUUUAUAAAGAUUCAGGCUGCAUAUGAACUUCUUGUUGAUGAGGAAAACCGAAGGCAAUAUGACACUGACAAUCGUGUGAAUCCAAUGAAGGCAUCUCAAGCAUGGAUGGAGUGGCUUAUGAAGAAGCGAAAAGCAUUUGACCAAAGAGGUGAUAUGGCAAUUGCAGCUUGGGCUGAACAACAGCAACGUGAACUGAAUCUUCGUGCACGUCGCCUUGCUCGUUCAAAGAUUGAUCCUGAAGAAGAAAGAAAGAUACUGGUGAAAGAGAAAAAGGCUUCCAUAGAGAACUUCCAUAGCACUUUAAGGAGACAUACACUUGUGCUAAGAAAAAGGGACUUAAUGCGGAGAAAAGCUGAAGAAGAUAAGAAAAAGAUCAUAGGCCAGCUUCUGGCAGCAGAGGGCCUUGAACUUGAAAAGGAUGAAAAUGAAUUGUAGAUGAUACCCCUCGGAUGUUGGUUUUCUGAUACUCUUACUUUUUACUCUACGAAUCCCUGAAAUAUAAUUGUAUAUAUUGUCAAACAACUAUUUCGUGGACCAAAGUUGAAUACUAUCCUCAACUUUCUCAUUGUCGGAAAGUUUGUCUUUA